UCCGGCGGUUCGCGUUGUUUCCUAGCCAGGCACCUCGAUAAACUCGACUACGUCUUCGCUUAUAGAGCUCUAUCCCGAUCCUAUUCAACCCAGUUCAACCGUCGCCUGAUCACCACUGCGCCCGAUACCCUCCCCAACCACACAUCUAAUCCACUGUUGCCGAUUGCGCAUCCAUCGCGCCAGUCCAGAGGCUCACCGACGAUAACAUCAACACCUUGACCGAGUGCAGACGCCCCACGAGGUGCGAGCUGCAACUACGAGCUCACUGCCUAGCCCGCCCUCCCGCCGUCUUCCGCAGACAACGCCGGCAAGAUGUCGAAGGUAAUGAGAAGCGUGAAAAAUGUCACCAAAGGGUAUUCCAGUGUCCAGGUGAAGGUUCGCGAAGCAACAAGUAAUGACCCAUGGGGCCCGACCGGCACUCAGAUGAGCGAGAUCGCUCAGAUGACCUACAAUUCAUCGACUGAGUUCUACGAUAUAGUAGAUAUGCUCGACAAGCGACUAAACGACAAGGGAAAGAAUUGGAGGCAUGUGCUGAAGGCCCUGAAAGUUCUCGAUUACUGUUUACAUGAAGGCUCCGAGCUGGUCGUGACAUGGGCACGGAAAAACAUCUACAUCAUCAAAACACUCCGCGAGUUCGUUUACGUCGAUGAAGAGGGCCGAGACGUUGGCCAGAAUGUUCGCGUGGCGGCAAAGGAGCUCACGGCCUUGAUCCUUGACGAAGAAAGACUGCGUGCCGAGAGAAGCGAUAGAAAAACCUGGAAGUCUCGCGUCACUGGCAUCGAGGAAUUCGCCCCAGCUACUGUCCCUGGGGGUAGUCAGCGACAGCAACGUCCUCCCCGGCAAUUCAACGAGGAGGAGGAUGCCGAGUACAGACUAGCAAUUGAAGCGAGCAAGUACCAAGAAGAGGAAGAUAGGAAAAGGCGUGAAGGUCGCCACUCCGGGGCUGGCGAUGAUGACGAUGAUCUCGCAAAAGCGAUCAAGCUUAGCAGAGAGGAGGAUGAACGUCGAAAACGUGAUCUAGAAGAAAGUCGCAGGCGAGAGUUGGAAGAAAGCAACGCCUCCUCGCUUUUUGACCUUGGCGACCCUGCCCCAAGCAGUCAACCUCAGCCCACUGGCAUGAACAUGGGCUACCAGCAGGGUAACAAUGUCGAUUGGCUAGGAAACCCGAUUGAUCAAAGUCAAUAUAUGCACCCACAGCAGACAGGCUUCGUGAGCAACACUUACACCGGAUACCCUAACAAUAAUACUUACUCGAAUGGUUUUGGACAACAACCGACCGGCAUGUAUGAUCCCUAUAAUCAGCAAACCCAACAAAAUCAACAGCCAGCCUUUUCGAUGCAACCGACAGGAUACAACCCCUAUGCGCAAACGCAACAAUCGUUCCAAUCAAAUCAGACUUCGUCUCCCGAACCAACUGCGCAACCGGGAAGCAAUAACCCUUGGGCAAGCAACAACACUCACCUCGGCGUACAGUCACCUUUGCAAGCAACGCCGACCGGUUCAAACAACCCAUUCGCCUCCGGCUUUGGGCGGCCAAGUACUGCUAAAGCUCCAUCCAUACCAACUCUCAAUACUCUCCAGAGCCUUCCUGAACAGAAAACAUUGCAGACAUAUACACCACCCCCGCAGCCUACAUUCCAGUCUCCUUCACCACAGCAGCAGCAACCUCAUAGGCCUAUGAACGAACAUGAACAAAGGCUCAAUGCACUUCUGGCUAGCGGUGACGGAAUGGACAGUUUCGGAAAUACAGGCGAUCUGCGAAUCCCAGCUCAGCACACCGCGCCUGGCACUUUUGUGAAUUCAGCUGGAGCUGGUGCGCAGAGACUUACCGCCGAGGCCACCGGUAACAACCCUUUCUUAAGGACACAAUUCACCGGUAUGCCCCAAGUAUCAUAUAAUCAGCAACAAAUGCCAGCCGCUACUGGCCCUGCCAUGAUGGGUACGAACGGCUAUGGUGGUGGGAACAACCCCUUCGCGGCCCGCCCACAGCAGCAAAACAACCAACAGGGACAAGAUCUGAUACAAUUUUAGACCUAUCGGUCCAUUGGAAUUGGGCGCUGGGUGCCGCUCGCUGUUCUAGAUGGGUAGUACCCUGCUACGCCUUUAUUGAAGCAAUGAGUCGAGAUCGCUUUCUGCAUCUCCAUUGAUCCUAGUGUUUCUGCGUCUAUCUGA